UGGUAAAAAUCCAAAAAAAUAAAAAGCUACAAAAUUCAAAUAAAUUUAACAAAUCAAAAAAAUUUGCAAAAAAUAAAUUAAAUAAGGCGAAUAUUUACUCAGAUUCUCCAACUAAUGAAGUCAAAAAGAAGAAAAAUAAUAAACAAAAUUCUAAUAAAAAUUUCAAACAAAAUAAACCAAAAAUUGAACAUGAAGAAUCGAAUAAAUGGUUUUUUGAAAGGGGAUUUUCUUUUUAAAGGUUUUUUAGGUAUGAUUAUCAAAUUAAUGAAUGUCGUUUAAAUGAAAAUAAAUUAGAUGAAAAAUUGUUACAAAAAAUGAAAAAACAGGCUGAAAUUUUAUUGGAGCAUGAUACCAAUCUUUUUGAACAAUGGUACAAAUCAAAAAAUCGAGGGGAUGCCGAAUGGAUUGAUACAGUUUCUCAAAAAGGAGCAUUUUCUGACAAAAUUUCUUCAAUUCAAUUAAGAAUUCAGCGUUCCCCAGUUCAUGCUCUUUCACAUUUAAUUAAAUUUGUUGAACUUAUUGGAAAGAAAGGAGCAGUAAUUAGACAAGCAUAUACAAUUACAAAGGCUUUAAAAGAACUUUUUGUAAAUGAAUUGUUGCCACCUGGAAGGAAAUUAUUUUUAUUUAAUCAAAGACCUUUGGAAGAAUUAGAAGACAAAAAUGGUAUUGAACUUGAAAGACGUUUAAUUAUGUGGAUUUUUGAAGAAAAACUAAAAAUGUGUUACAAACAAUUUGUUGAUGGUUUACAGAUUUUGGCUGGAAAUGUUGUAGAAGGUGUGGCUUUAAAUGCUUGUAAAGAGAUGACAGAAUUAUUAAUUGAUAGACCUGAACAAGAACAAUUUUUGUUAAAUUCAAUUGUCAAUAAAUUGGGACAUCCAUUAUAUAGAGUUGGUUCAAAAGUAGCAAUGUUUUUGGAACAAUUAAUUAGAAAACAUCCAAAUAUGCGGUUAAUUGUAAUUAAAGAAAUUGAACAACUUAUGUUUAGAAAAAAUAUUUUGCCAAAAGCCCAACGUUAUGGACUUCAUUUUCUAAGCCGAAUUUUAAUUAUUGCUGGAGAAUUUGAAAUUGCUACUUGUCUUGUCCAAAUUUAUUUAAAAUUCUUUCGAAUUUUGGUACUUAAUGAUGUACUUAAUGAACAUCAUUUACUUCCUUUGUUAAUUACUGGAUUGAAUAGAGCCUUCCCUUAUAUGAAAGGCAAAAGUUUGGAUUCUGAUUUACUUAAAGACAUUGAUAGUCUUUAUGCAAUUGUUCAAACAGCUAAAUUUUCAACUUCGCUUAACGUUCUUCGUUUACUUUUCCAAAUUCACAGUGCUAGUGAUGGAAUUACUGAUCGUUUUUAUUGUGCUUUUUAUCGUCGAAUUUUAAAUCCUGAUGGUUUUGGCAAUCAGAGUCAUUCAAAAUUCUUUUCUUUGCUUCAACGUGUACUUAAAAAUGAUCUUGUUGAAUGCCGUGUUAGGGCUUUUAUUAAAAGACUUUUUCAAGUUGCCUUAACUAGUUCAGCCUCCUUUGCAGCAGCUACUCUUCUUACAUGUUCUGUUAUUAUUCAAGAAAGGCCUGGUCUUUUAAGAUUGGAUGAAUCUUUGGAAAAUCAAACUGAAAAUGAGAAUAAAACAAUUAAAAAUGAAGAAAAAAUUAAAGAAGAAAAUAUAAAAGAAAAUUCUGCAUUAGAACAAAAAUUAGUUUGGUUUGAACAAAAUGGAAAUUCUGCUGAUGAGGAGGAAGAAGAAACUUAUUUUGAUAUAAAAGAUGAAAGUAGUGAUGAAAUGAAUGAGGAAAUUAAAAAAGAAAAAAAUUCUGCAAAAGAACUUUCAAAAACUUCAGGAUGGAUUCAUCGACCUUCAUCUUCUACAUUAAAUAAUAUAAAAUCUGACAAACAAAACAAUAUUCCAUCCUUACCAAAAAGAAGAAAUGCUUAUGAUCCAAAUGCUCGAAAUCCUUUAUUUGCUGGUGCUGAUUUUUCACUUGAUACAGAAUUAUAUACAUUAGCAAGGCAUUAUCAUCCAACAGUUGCUUCUUUUGCAAGAACUUUAAUUCAGGGAGGCUCAAUUCAUUACAAAGGCGAUCCUUUAAUUGAUCUUUCACAAAUGCGUUUUCUUGAUAGAUUUGCAUUCAAAAAUCCAAAGACAAAACAUUUAAAUAAAGAAGUAAAUAAUAAACAAAAAUUGAAUCCUUUGUUUUCUCAUACUUAUGUUCCAAGAGGAAUAAAAGCAUUGAAUCCAACAUCACAGGAUUAUUUAAACAAAACAAGCAGUGAAAUUCCAUUAGAUGAACGUUUUCUCCAUCAUUUUGCUUCAAUAAAAUUUAAAAAGAAUAUUAAAAAUGAAGAAAAUAAAAAAGGAAAGAAUGAAAAGGAUGAUGAAGAUUUUGAUGAUAUGGCUAGUUUAGACUCUGACGAAUUUGAUCUUAUAUUAGAAAGGUUUGAACCUGGUGAUACUCGAGAUGUUUUUGAUGUUGAUUUUAGAGAUGAAUUUGGUGACGAAACAAACUCUAAACAUAAAAAGAAAGGUGGUAAAAAAGGAAAAAUUAUUGAUGAGGAUGAUGACUUUGAAAAUGAAUUGGCAGAAUGCAGCGAUGAUGAAAUUGACGAGGAAGAUGAAGAAAUUGAAGAAGAAUUUUCAUCUGAUGGAGGUGAAAGAGAUGAAAGUGGAAUAGAUUUUGACGAGAAUGAAGAAUUAAAUGAAAGCGGGGACGAAGAUAAUUCUGAAAUGAGUGAAGAAAAUAUAGAUAAUGAUAGUAGUGAUGGACAAGAAUUUGAUAGUGAUUUAUUAUCUGAUUAAAAGGGAGGGAAAAUUGUUU